UCCAGUGUAGGAGCUGCUACAGACCUGCGGCUGGUGGGCCUGCCGCCUGCCCCGAGCACUGCGCCACCAGCCCCGCCUGGGUAACUUGGGAGAUCGGGCAUGUCUUAGCUGUACAUCCCUGCGGCUGGCAAACAAAAUGACUGUACACUUUAAAUAUUGCACUAGUGUCCUUCCAGUUUACGCAUACUCCAAAAAAGAUCGCUGCUGUUGUUGGACUAAAGGAUCUGAACAAAUAUACUUUACUCUUACAAGUUCUUCUGGCUCAUGGAUGUCACUAGCGACCAUGGGUGUUUUAGGUCCCCAGUAUCUUCCAGUUCAAUGGUGGCAUUCUUCACAUCCCCUUCAAGAUGACUCUAUAGUUGAAAAGUCAUCGAAGUCCUUAAAGGACAAAAAACAAGAAGUUGGAAGAAGGAGGUCCUGUAUAUAGUCCAACAGAAGUAGAAGUUGUGGAAAAAUCUCUUGGGCAGAGGAUUGUGGACAAACUGAAGCACUAUUACCAUGGUUUUCGUUUACUGUGGAUUGACACGAAAAUAGCUGCACAGAUGCUCUGGCGAAUACUUCAUGGAAUUGUUUUGUCUUGUUGAGAAUGGAGACAGUUUCUUCAAAUAUGUGGCGAACUUUUCUGCUUGGUCCCUUUCCUAGUUUUUCUUGUUGUCCCAUUUGUGGAAUUUUUGCUUCCAGUGGCUCUUAAGUUGUUCCACAAUAUGCUUCCAUCUACAUUUGAGACAAAGUCUAAAAAGGAGGAAAGAUUGAAGAAAGAAUUGAGAGUAAAGCUGGAGUUGACUAAAUUCCUUCAAGACACAAUUGAGGAGACGGCCUUGAAAAAUAAAGCAGCCAAAGGAAAUGUUACAAAAGAUUUUUCAAAGUUCUUUCAAAAGAUCAGGGAAACUGGUAAAAGAUCCAGUAAUGAGGAGAUCUUAAGGUUGUCUAAACUGUUUGAAGAUGAGUUGACUUUGGACAAUCUAACCAGGCCUCAGUUGGUGGCACUUUGUAAAUUAUUGGAACUUCAGUCAGUUGGGAAAAACAACUUUCUCCGCUUCCAGCUGACUAUGAGGUUGAGAACUAUAAAAGCUGAUGACAAACUGAUUGCUGAGGAAGGAGUCGAUAGCCUGACUGUUAAAGAACUGCAGGCAGCUUGUUGUGCCCGAGGGAUGAGAGCUCUUGGUGUGACUGAGGAGCGUCUUAGAGAACAACUUAAGCAGUGGUUAGAUCUGCACCUGAACCAGGAAAUCCCUACUUCAUUGCUUGUUUUAUCCAGAGCCAAGUACCUUCCAGAUACCUUUUCUCCAUUUUUUCAGAUGUGUUCUGACCAUUUCUUUUGAUUAAAAAUUUUCAUC